UGCUCUUUUAGACUAUUAUAUGUAGGCUGUCAAGUUUCUUAUCGCAUAGGCUAUACACAGUGGGUCUGCAGAUGUUUCAUAGCAUAUGUAAAUACAAUUUAGUUAUGAGUCCAGUAUGUUGAUAAUUUGGGUGUAACAACAGGCACCGUAAUUUAGCUACAUUUGUAGUGCCUAUUUAAAUUAAGAUGCGUUCGUAAAUUCACUGUUGCUAUCUACUCCGAAUUCAGAGCACUCUCGUCUGAGGGUGCAGAAUAACUGAUGAAUUUAAGAAGGCGCAACACUGGUUGAAUAUGAGCAAAAAUGCGUUGUUAAAUUGUUGCCAGUAGCACAGUUUGUCACCAAAGCUCUAGAUAACAUGAAAACAGACACCAGGUUUGCUAGGGGCCCUAGUAGGGCGAGUAAAAUGGUCAGUGAGGUGUGCUCUCAUUUGUGUCGGAAGUACAGUAGCUAGCAAGUUAGCCAAUUUAAGCAGGUCACCCAGCUUGGGUGUUUGACGAUGAAACGCUGUUUGGGUCUUUGGGUGUCAAAAAAUAGAAGUUACACGUCAAAUUACACUAUUUGGCGCGUUAGAUAAUGUAAUGAAACAGCAAGGAGCAGGUCUCGAACCCUCGACCUAGCCUGAAGUCCAGCGCGGAUAUCGACUCUGCUGCUCGACCAUGCUUUUGCGGAACAGAGUCGAUAUCCGCGCUUAUAAACCCAAGCUCGUUACACUAAGCUUUUAAUUUGACACGUCAAAUAACACAAUUCUAUUUUAGAAUAUUGUGUGUGUGUGCUGAAUUUGUGCGUGCAAUCCAAGCGCUACCACUACGAUCGCACUGUAAAAGCUGUACAAAAAAAGGCAUACACUGGCCACGAAUGAUGUGUUUACAAUACCACUUUGGUAAUAAGGCAGCUGAGUCUUUCUACCGACAGGCAUACAUGGAAUGCCUGAAAUGCAUUGAAUGCCUGAAUUGGGACGAUUUCUCGCCCGUCUGUAUUAUGAACAAGUGCAAAAAGGCCCACAGUCUAGAUUCCCCACACAACGCAGCUAUUAUAAGUGAGGUGGGUCACCAUGACCUGGGGGAGGCAGAGCUGUUCCAACUUCUGCUGCAGAACGACCCCUACCUGAUGCCUGAGAUCUGCUCCCAUUACAACAAGCGCGUUGGUGAGCAUGGCAUCUGCAAGUUUAAAAGCAGCUGCACAAAACUCCACCUCUGCCUGCACUUCCUCCAGGGUGACUGUAGGUUUGGUGCUGGUUGUAAGAGGGCCCACACGUUCGAUGCCCCUGCAAUGAAGAUUCUAAACAGCAGAGGAUUCAGCCAAGAGAACAUCAAGAUCCUCCACAAUAUCUACAACAAUAAAUUCAUCAUCACUCACCAAGAAAAUCCAGCUGCACCCUCUCUUGCUCCAGUCAUGAAGCCAGUUGAGAAACAACAGCCCUCCUCCAGCCCCACCAGUGAGACUGACAGGAAUGAAAUCUGCCUCUUCUCCAUCCGCAGUCGCUGCAGCUUCAAAGACACAUGUAUCCGUGUCCACUACCAUCUGCCUUACAAAUGGCAGAUCUUAGAUGGAGUGGCUUGGAGAGACCUGGACAAUGUAGAGGAGAUUGAGAAGGCCUACUGUAAUCCACAAAAUGAAACAAGUGGAGGAAGUAAGCCUGUGAACUUCCUCACCAUGACAUGUGGAAGCCCUCCAGUUCGUCGUCUGUCCACUAUUUCAUCCGUCACCAAACCCCCUUACUUCAUCCUCACAACAGAGUGGCUGUGGUACUGGAGAGAUGACUGUGGCCAGUGGAUAGAGUAUGGCCAUGAGGUUGGUGAAGGGAAUGUGGCCUCUGUCAUUUCCCAGACCCUGGAGAAAGCUUACCAAACUGACUCUGACAGCGAGAUUACAUUUGAAUCUGGAGAUCAGAAAUACAUUCUUAAUCUCAAAGAGAUGCAUCAGCAGAAUAUUAGAUUUACAACCAAAAGAGCAAUUUGUAGAAGGCCCCGUUUUCUCUCUAAGGAAGAUGUGAAUGCCAAGCUGAAGAGUGAGUCUAAGGAGAGCUCCAGCUCCUCUGUGACUGUCCCUCCACACUGGGACAAAGGAGUCUUGUCUGACGCCACAGACUACAAGCUGGUUCCACUCUCAAGCCAGAUAGAAGAGUACCAAAAGUUGGAGAAGCUAUUCAAACAUACCAUGGCCAGCAGCACCAUCCACAGCAUCAAACGGAUCCAGAACCCCUCACUCUGGAGAGUCUUCCAGUGGCAGAAGGAACAGAUGAUGAAAAAGAAUGGCGGGAAACCGGUUGAUGAGAGACAAUUGUUCCACGGCACAGAUCACUCUAUCAUAGAUGUCAUCUGUGAACAGAACUUUGACUGGAGGACCUGCGGUGUCAAUGGAACACUUUAUGGCCUAGGGAGCUACUUUGCUAGAGAUGCCUCUUACUCUGACGCGUACAUAAGAUCUCAGAGCAAUAGCAAGAAGAUUAUGUUUGUGGCUCUGGUCUUGGUUGGAGAGUUCACCAAUGGGUGUGAAACAUACCGUCGUCCACCUCAGAAAAGCACCAGCAAGGUCCUCUACGACAGCUGUGUCAACUCAGAAAACAACCCAUCCAUUUUUGUUGUGUUUGAGAAACAGCAGAUUUAUCCUGAAUACCUAAUUGAGUACUCCUUAAAUCCACAGGGGUCCAUACCAAUCUUCCACUGACGACAACUGAUAUUUUGUGACUUGCUAACAGUCCUCACAUGCUCUACCUACUGUAUUUCUGUUAUUUAUUGAAAUGGGGCUAGUGAUUUAUUGAAUUGGGGCUAGGUUUUGGUAUUUUUUUGUUAUGAAGUAAAUAAUUAUUAUUAUAAUAUCGCCAAAGUUCAGUGCAAUAGCAUGAUUAAAAUUUAAAGGCAAUGUUCCAACGCUCACAGUC